AUGGCUGAUAACGAAAUAAAUGAUGGUUGUUCAGGAUUUUUUGACUUUAGAGAUAAUGAAGAGUCUUCAUUUGAAUCACAAUCAGUCAUAUCUUCUUCAAUUUCUUUUUUAGAAUCGCCUAUUAAUAGUCAACAAAUCAAAAAACCAAAAUUAUCAAAAAAUCAAAGCUUUGUAUGGAAAUAUUUUAAAAAAAUCGAGAAUGAAAAAGCUCAAUGUAUAAUUCCUAUAAUAAAAAAUGGAAAAGAAGAACCAUGCAAUGCAUCUUAUAAAUUCACAGGUUCUACUUCAAACAUGAAAUACCAUUUGAAUGAACAAAAAAUACAACAACCAACAAUCAGUUCAAUGAUUAGUAGAGUAAUACCUCAUGGAAAAUCACAACAGCAUAAGUUGAAUGGACAAAACAAAAAUCAAGAUCUCUUGACAGAUCAUGAAUUUAGUGAAUUGAAAUCUCAUAUGAUGUCUAAAUUUGAAUUUAUUGGAAUCACAGAGGAAAUUAAACAAUUUGUUGCAGAUAAUAAGAGGAAAUUUAAGAUGGAUAGUAUAGAUGAAAUACAACAGAUUAUAAUUAAAGAACAUGGGAAAUGUCAAUCCAAUUUGAUCAACCAAACCUUCUUUAAACUAUUAGAUGAAUAUAUUCUUUGGGAUAGUACUUCAAAACUUAGAGAAAAGCCCUGA